ACAAGUUCUCUGACUAUGGCCCGUACGAAGCAGACCGCUCGUAAGUCCACAGGCGGGAAGGCGCCCCGCAAGCAGCUCGCUACUAAGGCCGCUCGCAAGAGCGCGCCUGCCACCGGCGGCGUGAAGAAGCCCCACCGCUACCGGCCCGGCACCGUGGCACUGCGCGAGAUCCGCCGUUACCAGAAGUCGACGGAGCUGCUGAUCCGCAAACUGCCGUUCCAGCGGCUGGUGCGCGAAAUCGCGCAGGACUUCAAGACCGACCUCCGCUUCCAGAGUUCGGCGGUGAUGGCCCUGCAGGAGGCGAGCGAGGCUUACCUGGUGGGUCUCUUUGAGGACACCAACUUGUGCGCCAUCCACGCCAAGCGGGUGACCAUCAUGCCCAAGGACAUCCAGCUGGCCCGCCGCAUUCGUGGCGAACGUACAGGGCAUUGGAUUCUAAUAACCGCAAUGGACCAGUGGGAGCGAGAGAGCGAGAGCGAGAGAGCGUGCAGUUUAGAGGAAAAAGACAAAGACCUUCCAAGACAUUACUGUAACUUAGUAUUAAAAAUGAGCCAAAUCUCCCGUUUGGUGAAUUCAGGAAAAAGACUCACCGAUCAGUUACUUUCGCGCCAAAGAUUUCUCUUCAUGGCUCGCACGAAGCAGACCGCUCGCAAGUCCACAGGCGGGAAGGCGCCCCGCAAGCAGCUCGCUACUAAGGCUGCUCGGAAGAGCGCGCCGGCCACCGGCGGCGUGAAGAAGCCCCACCGCUACCGGCCUGGUACCGUGGCGCUGCGCGAGAUCCGCCGUUACCAGAAGUCGACGGAGCUGCUGAUCCGCAAAUUGCCAUUCCAGCGUUUAGUCCGUGAAAUCGCACAAGAUUUCAAAACUGACCUCCGCUUCCAGAGUUCGGCCGUGAUGGCGCUGCAGGAGGCGUGUGAGUCUUACCUGGUGGGUCUCUUUGAGGACACCAACCUGUGUGCCAUCCACGCCAAGCGCGUUACUAUCAUGCCCAAGGACAUCCAGCUGGCCCGCCGCAUCCGUGGAGAGAGGGCAUAGAG